UUAGUAUACAGACAGCCGGAAGCUCCACUGUGAAACUGACCGAACGGGAUACAACUUGGUGUGAUGGAGCGGUGAUGUGCCAAUCAGAGGUGUGAUAAGGCCAGAGCAGCCAUGACUGAGUGCUUCCUGCCCCCCAGCAGCAGCCCUGCAGAGCAGCGCAGGGCUGAGCACCCCGGGGGGGUGGCCCGCACCCCCAGCUCUGAGGAAAUCAGCCCCACCAAGUUCCCUGGUUUGUAUCGCACUGGUGAACCAUCACCGCCUCACGAUGGACAUCACCAUGAGCCUCCUGACGCCUACGUGUCAGACGACGACAAGGACCACGGCAAGAAGAAGAACAAGUUCAAGAAGAAGGAGAAAAGGACGGAGGGAUACGCCGCCUUCCAGGAGGACAGUUCGGCAGACGAAGCGGAGAGCCCGUCCAAAAUGAAGCGCUCCAAGGGAAUCCAUGUGUUCAAGAAGCCCAGUUUCUCCAAGAAGAAGGAAAAGGACUUUAAGGUGAAGGAGAAGGGCCCCAAAGAGGACAAAGCCAAGGACAAGAAGUCCAAGGACCUGACGGCUGCGGACGUGGUGAAACAGUGGAAGGAGAAGAAGAAGAAGAAGAAGCCGACCACGGAGGCAGAGCCAGUCCCAGUGGAGACCCCCACCUUCAGGCCCAUCUUUGGAGCCCCUCUUGGUGAAGCUGUGAAGAGAACCGCUCUGUAUGAUGGCAUCCAGCUGCCGGCCAUCUUCAGAGAGUGUGUGGACUACAUUGAAAAUUAUGGGAUGAAGUGUGAAGGCAUCUACCGGGUUUCAGGUAUGAAGUCCAAGGUGGAUGAGCUGAAGGCAGCGUAUGACCGAGAGGAGUGUCCCUGCCUGGAGGAGUACGACCCUCACACAGUUGCCAGCCUGCUGAAGCAGUACCUCCGCGAGCUGCCGGAGAAUCUGCUGGGCCGAGACGUGGCCCAGAGGUUCGAGGACGCCUGCGGUCGACAGGUGGAGUCCGAGAAGGUGACGGAGUUCCAGAGGCUGCUGGGCGAAGUGCCGACGGAGAGCCGACUCCUUCUCUCCUGGCUCGUCACGCACAUGGACCACGUCAUCACCAGGGAAGCCGACACCAAGAUGAAUAUUCAGAACAUCUCCAUCGUCCUCAACCCCACCAUACAGAUUGGGAACCGUGUUCUUUACAUGUUCUUCACCCACGUGAGGGAGUUGUUUGGAGACGUAGUCCUAAAGCCAGUUGUGCGGCCGCUUCGCUGGUCCAACAUGGCGACGAUGCCGGCUCUGCCCGAGACCCAGGAGAGCAUCAAAGAGGAGAUCCGACGACAGGAGUUCCUACUGAACUGCCUGCACAGAGACCUGCAGGCAGGAGUGAAGGACUUGUCCAAAGAGGAGCGACUGUGGGAGGUUCAGAGAAUCCUGACUGCUCUCAAACGCAAACUGAGGGAAGCAAAACGUCAGGAGUGUGAGAGUAAAAUAGCCCAGGAGAUAGCAAGCCUGUCAAAGGAAGAUGUUUCAAAAGAGGAAAUGACUGAGAAUGAGGAGGAAGUAAUCAACCUUCUCUUAGCACAGGAAAAUGAGAUUCUGACGGAGCAGGAGGAGCUGAUCUCUCUCGAGCAGGUGCUGCGCAGACAGAUUGCUACAGAGAAGGAAGAAAUCGAGAGGCUGCGGGCGGAAAUCGCGGACAUACAGAGUCGGCAGCAAGGUCGCAGUGAGACAGAGGAAUAUUCGUCAGACAGCGAAAGCGAGAGUGAGGAUGAGGAAGAGCUGCAGAUGAUACUGGAAGAUCUGCAGAAGCAAAACGAGGAACUGGAGAACAAAAACACCCACCUGAACCAGGCCAUCCACGAGGAGCAGGAAGCCAUCUUGGAGCUCCGCGUCCAGCUCCGCCUCCUGCAGAGCCACAAACUGCAGCAGGAACUGACCGUCCAGCCGCCGGCCGAGCAGCCUCCUCCCGCCCCGCCGAGCCCGGAGGCCCGCAGCGAGGAGCAAACCAAACGCUCCGUCGCGGCCGCCACCGCCGCCGCCACAGCCUCUGCUGUCACCGUCGCUGCCGCCACCACCGACACAACUGCUUCAUCCAAUGGAAAGGCGGCAUCAAAGGAUCCUUCGAAGCCCUCGCCGAGCAAAGACAGGAGAGACGCCAACAUGUGAGCUCUGAGUCCGGCGGCUCUGCACUGCUGUACGUCUCUACCGCUGGUCAGUUGUCCCGUAGCUUCUUAUCCACUGGAGGUUUGCUGAGUUCGUUAGAAAGUGGCAGCCAAGAAAUUAUCUGUUACACUGUCUUUGGUGUCCUGAUUUUUUUUUUUUGUCAUUUCCAUAACACCAACACAAAAAAAACAACCUAGAAACAGAGUAGCGGCUGUAGAAGACAACUGGCUGCCACUGUGAGAGACUGGGUGGGACCACAUUUUCCAAAUCUGCAGUGCCAAGCCUGAAUGAAGGAGGAGAGGGCAAACGGGGAAAUGAAGGGAUUCCUGGAGCGAGUAGGGGGACGUACAGUAAGAGAGAAUAGAGUUCGCAAAGUUUAUUUUUCACUGAUGGGUGAGUCAAGAAUCCAUCACUAGACCAGAUGUAAUCUCAGUCCCUGUCGUGCAUUUUGUCCCUUACCUAGAUGCAAAUUUGACAUGUUUGGAUAGAGACCACUGUGCCAUAACUGAAGAUGCCAGACUGGACACGUUCCCCCCCAGAGAACCACUAACACAAAAGCUCUUUGAAUAAUGAAGAAUUUAUGAUCGGUCUAUCUAUAUGUUAUAUAUUUAAGUAGUAUUCUGAAGAAUACGGACGACUAUUCAAGAAGUUCAUUGAUUUAAAGUUACAGCUUUUUUUUUUUUAGUAAUAUAUGAAUAUAUAAAUAUAUUGUAGAUGUUUUCUUUUCUCUCAACAGCCGAUGCACAUAAAACACAGUGGCGUUGUACCUCGCAACUGACCAGUGGACGAAAGCAUGAACAGCAAACAAAUGCGCAACAAAAGUACAUUUCAUCACCGCAAACAGCCGGAGGCGACACUUUGCCCCGCAGUGCAAUCAUCUUCUUUUGUUGUCUCUCGCUCGCAAAUGUGGAAAAAUACAUUUGUGACAAACCUGUGGUGAUGAUUUUUAGUCUCCAAAUUGUGUGCAGAGACACAAAGGAGGCUUGUUUAGUUUUGUUGUGUAUUUGUGUGUGUGUGUUUUUUUUUAUUUUAACUCUUGAUGUGUGGAGUUAUUCAUGGCAUCAGCUAAAUACUAUCAGUCAAUCAUUUCAUUUAACUGAUCCAUGACUAUUGCAAAGUACUGUCGUUGUUCGAUGAUUGAAGCAAAGGCAUGGCCUGACUUACUUACCUUUUCUGUAUAUUAUUGUAAAAUUGCAAACAAACUGUAUUUUCAGCUUUUAUGUUUUGUCAUAUGUUCUGUUUGUUUUUUGUUUUUUUUUAUUAAUGACCUGUGUGGAUUAUUGCUAGUGUGACUGGCCCUGCUUUGGUCACGGGCAAAUCGAAGCAAUCUCAUCUGGACUCAUGAUUCAACGUUAAUUAAUCCUGUGACUGAAACGGAUACGUGCUAGGUUGGGCUCGGAAGCUUCUCAUGAGGUUAUUUUUUCAUAUUGUUCCAAGCUUUUGUAGCUGAUUGUUGCAGACAGAAUAAUGCUGUGAAGAAUAAAGUGUCAAUCUGAGUAAUUUA